GAAAGGAAGGGGUGAGAAGAGCCUGGUCAGGUAGAAAAGAGAGGGGAGGAGGAAGGAGAAAAGGAGGGGGCAGCAGCUAACGCAGCAUAAUUAGCCUGGGCUGCUUGGUUACCUUCCAAACAAAGCUGCUGAUUUGUGGAGCAAAAGAAGAGGAGGGGAAACAGAGAGAGAGACAGAGAGAGAAAAAAAAGGAGGGGGAGGACAGAAAGAGAUGAGGGGAGUGAUUGCGCCAUGCCACACACACUUGAAGCUCAGUCUCCCUUGGAGACAGUGGCAGCGCUGGAUCACGGCAUGACAGUGCAACAGUAGAGUCUCCACUUCACUGCACUUCCACUGAGCUAUCUCCACUGAGCUGUGUCACUAACCAGACAGACAGAGAAAGACAGCGAGAGAGAGAGAGAGCGAGAGAGAGAGAGAGAGAGAGAGAGCACCAGUAACAGAGAGUUGGGCUGAAGAGGAACGGAGAGUCAGGACUGGAGUGCUGGGAAGAAGACAGAAGAGUUUGACAGAGGUCUGGGAGGAGGUGGGGGGGGCCAAUCAAGAGCGCGAAGAAGAAGCGGAGGAGUCAGGAGUCUGAGGAUGCACGGAGCUAGCGGGAGGAGCUGCUGAACGUGCAGCAGCAGCAGCCCGGGCACACUUACACAUUCACACACACAUACACAAUACACACAAAUAGACAAACACUUCCCAGGGAAGGACAGUGUGUUGUACCCCCAGUGGAGGAUGAAGAAGCACUCAGCCCGAGUGGCUCCUCUCAGCUCGUACAGCACUCAGGUCCUGACCUGCCCCAUCUCUGAAGGAGAGGACGGUUCAGAGUCUCAUGCAGAGACACCAGGCAGCGAGACCAGCGGAGAGAGCCGGUCCUAUCGGACAUGUACCAACGCAGUUCUGAAGGUGCUGGGGGGUCUGCUGAUGGUGUUGUGCGUCUCCUCCUCCUGGGUGGGUACGACUCAAGUGGUAAAGCUGACCUUCCAGUCGUUUUCCUGUCCCUUCUUCAUCUCCUGGUUCAGCAGCAACUGGAACAUCCUCUUCUUCCCCAUCUACUACUCUGGACAUGUGGUUAUCACACGGGAGAAGCAGACCCCCAUACAGAAAUUCAGGGAGUGCAGCAAGCUCUUUGGGGAGGAUGGGAUGACUCUGAAGCUUUUUGUAAAGAGGACAGCACCCUUCUCAAUCCUGUGGACACUGACCAACUACCUGUACCUUCUGGCCUUGAAGAAGCUGACCGCCACUGAUGUCUCUGCCCUCUAUUGCUGCCACAAGGCCUUCGUCUUUCUCUUGUCCUGGAUUGUUCUCAAGGACCGGUUCAUGGGUGUUCGGAUUGUAGCAGCUAUAAUGGCUAUCACAGGCAUUGUCAUGAUGGCUUAUGCUGAUGGUUUUCAUGGUGAUUCCUUUGUGGGCGUGGCAUUGGCUGUAGGCUCAGCCUCAACAUCAGCCCUCUACAAGGUGCUGUUCAAGAUGUUCCUGGGCAGUGCCAACCUUGGAGAAGUGGCGCACUUCCUUUCCACCAUGGGCUUCUUCAACCUCAUCUUUAUUUCCUGUGUGCCCCUUAUCCUCUACUUCACCAGGGUAGAGCACUGGGGCUCACUGUCCUCACUGCCGUGGGGAUACAUGUGUGGACUGGCAGGACUGUGGCUGGUGUUCAACAUCUUGGUCCAUGUUGGUGUGGUACUGACAUACCCCAUUCUCAUCUCCAUAGGGACACUGCUCAGUGUGCCGGGCAAUGCAGCCGUAGAUGUUUUGAAACAUGAGGUGAUCUUCAGCGUGGUGCGCCUGGCAGCCACCUGCAUCAUCUGUCUGGGCUUCUUGCUCCUGCUGCUGCCCGAGGAGUGGGACUCAGUCACACUACGUUUCCUGGCCAACAUUGCAGACAAGAAGUCAGAGGAACACGGCGAGGAGCUCACAGAGUCCAGUGUCAACACUCGAAGCCGCAGUCGAGCAAACGGCGCUGUCUCCAUACCCUUGGCAUGACGCGGCUGAGUUCUGCUAGUAGCCUCUGUUAACCAGUCUUGAAGCCCUGUCUGCUCAUGUUCCCCCAUUGCCCACCUGGGAGGUGUGGCAGGAUGUUCGGUCCACGUGGACUCUCAAUCAGGAAGGCAGGAAGUAUUGUCUUGAACUUUAAACUGGAGAUGCAUCUGCAUCACCGCCACUUCACUGCGGGAGGGGGAAACCGCGAACAUUUAUGGAUCUUGCAAAUUGAAAGGGUGGAAAGUGUUAUUUACUUUCUUGAAAUACUUACCACGCUCAGUCCCGUUCCUCGCACGCACCCAACCCAAAAGAGCUGUCUGUUCUCCCUUGACCUGCUCUGCAGACUGUAUUCUGUGAAUAUAAAUAUUGGCAGGGCCAGUUUGGCUCAAUCUUAUAUGUAUUUAUGGUAUUUAUUUAGAAUUGUAUCAAUAAGAGUAUUCAUUUUAAAUCUUAUUGAAUAGUAUUAUAUACAAGAAUGGCAAUUAUACUAUGCGUAAUGUACAGGCUCUUUUGGUUUUAUAAUAAAAGACUUAAAACCCA